GCUGAAUAGCCACCCACUCUUUCUGCCUUCCGUGAAUCCUGACCUCUUCCCCUCUCGCUUCUUUCGCCAAAGCACCGUCUGGCGACCUAUCAAGGAACUUCUAAGUGCGCAGGCUUGCAGAAAAUCCGUUCAUGAUGGCCCAGCAGUCGGUGGUGCCUGGCUCAAGCUCUGCGGUCAAAGAUGCCGAGCUCGGCAGCCACAAACAUUCCAACGUCCUGCCGCUUAUCUCGGACCUGAUGUCUAUGAAAACCACUCAAUCAUCUCCCGAUCGUGACAUAUCCAGUGGACUGGAAAACCGCCCCGUGCCCGCAGCUUUGCAGAGAAAUGACUCCCGUGAUACCGAUACGUUUCAGAUUUUUCCUAUGGAGGUUGACAAUCACAAUCCUCCAAUCACGGCACACAGCACAUUUGAGCGGGGAACCGGCCCUGAAAUCCAACGUGGCUCAUCGAUUCCGAUACCCGGGUCAAUCCAGGAGGAUGUAUCAUGCGACAUUGGAAGCGGACAGUCCACGAAGUUGACUUCGAACGAGCUCACUGUGAGCGCGCUGCAUGAUAUGCUUUCUGCCUCUAGCCUUACUGGAAGUGCCAGCCAAGAGUCCGUUCACAAGCCUCCGAAGCCCCCAAAGCCGGCUUUCCUAUCCGAGCUACAAGUUUUUACUUCCCCUGCGUCUGAGAAAGUCCCCGUCAUGGAUUCCGGAACGACACGUCAGAAAAGAAACGUAAUAGGCGCAGAUCCUCCAUUCAUCGCACCACGGGAGGGACAAAGGUUUUCUUUGCGUCUGUUCAACCUAUCAUCGACGGGACGAUAUCAGGGACAUGAAGCACCGAAGCAAAUCCAGAAGCCCUGGACCAGUCAUAGUUCCUCGUCGUCGCGGUUACUUUCGCGCCCUAUACAAUAUCCGAAAUCGACAGCCUACGCCUUGAAUGAAAUUUCAAAACGGCCAUUGCCGGCACCUUUUCCGAUGGUAGAUGAACCGUUUUUCCAGCAUGACACUGAAUCAUUCGGUCUCAACGUGAGCGACACUACUCAGCUUCCUGCUUCUGACGCAUUUCGCCAGAAUCAGCCACAGGGAGAACGUUCGUUUGGCCACUUUCUGAACACGCAUAUAUGCAAGCCCCUCCAAACGACAUGGCUACGGAUCAAGGAGAAUGAGUGUGCUAUUGUCAGCUUAUUGAUAGGACAGCGAUCCGAGCAGCAUCUCUUAUCUCAGUCGAAAUCAUGCUCGUUCCAUGUGCAUGUCAAUUGGCCAAUCGCACAACCAUUUGCUAGAGAUCGUGGUCGUCUCAAGGAUGCCUUUGUCCCUUCCUCCAUGUCUACGGCACACCUCCUCAGGGUUGACAUCAUUGUUCCACUUUUUCUUCUGCGCAUGAUUUGGUCAUUGAAGGCCGCACUCCUCAAGGUCGUAAGGUCUGCAGCUCUCUGUGCACUUAUUGAUCCGCUUCAGGCUCUCCUUCAUUUCUUCGUCAUGGUCCUACUUUUUCUAUUAGAGACAGCCGGUGUUAAUGUAUUUAUACAACCCAGGGAGGCCCAUAGUGUCUGAAGUCCUAGUGGUAUAAGACGCACGUGCAGCUGACCAAAUGGCCCAGCAUAAAGCCGUGGCCACCAAGGAGCUUUACUCGCCGGGAGGAGGGGGGGCCCGGCACAUCAAGAGCACAUUGGGAGCUGGCUACUUGAAAUGUUUCUAUCAUAGCAUGUGAUUGUUGUGUACUUCCUUACACAAAUGAUGAACCCAAGG